AUGGGCGAAAAUGUGAAAGACCCGAUGGCAGUUCAGGUCUUCAUUCGGGCUAGACCUUUAAGCCAGAAAGAAAAAUUUGAGCGUGCCCAAAUGUGUGUCCAGAUAUUCAGCGAAACCAAUCAGAUCCGUCUUGGCGAGAAGAUUUUUGCGUUUGAUCACGUCUUUGCACCAGAAGGAAGCCAAGUCGACAUUUACAACGAAUGCGGUGCUCAAAUGCUGAAGAAAUUCUUGGAAGGCUACAAUUGCACUAUGUUGGCCUAUGGACAAACUGGGUCCGGAAAAACAUUUACUAUGGGAACAGAAGAGACAAAGGAAAGCAUCAAGAAGGAUUCGACCGGAAUCAUUCCACGGCUUAUCUCGGACUUGUUUCAGACCAUUGACAACUCUGCUUGCCCUUCAUCAUACAAAGUCUCCGUCAGCAUGCUUGAAAUCUACUUGGAAGAUGUCGUUGACUUGCUGACGACAAGCUCGGAGCCUUUGAACAUUCGUGAGCAGAAAGGAACGGUCUUCGUGCAAGGAUUAUCGAGCCACACAGUAGCAUCACUUGAGGACACGAUGACACAAUUGGAGAUAGGUUGCCAAGCACGCACAAAAGGAAGCACGGCGAUGAACAGUCAAUCUUCACGUUCGCACGCCAUUUUCACAGUAAACCUUCAGAAGACGGCUAUCGAUGAGAACGAAUGCUCCUACAACGCCAAAUUUCAUCUCGUUGAUCUUGCCGGAUCAGAACGAUUAAAGAAGACACAAGCGGAAGGAGACCGCAAGAAAGAAGGAAUCAAGAUCAACGAGGGAUUGCUGGCGCUGGGCAAUGUUAUUCAGGGACUUUCCGAUGGAGUCAAGCAUGUGCCGUAUCGGGACUCAAAAAUCACUCGUCUUUUGCAGGAUUCUCUUGGGGGCAAUUCAUGCACAAUGAUGAUCGCCUGCAUAUCGCCAGCUGACACAAACAACGAGGAAUCAUUGUCAACUCUUCGUUAUGCUGAUCGUGCGAAGAGAAUCAAGAACAGCGCAGUCGUCAACAUCGAUCCACAAGAGGCACGGCUAAAAGAAUUGGAAAGAGAAAUAUUGGAGCUUCGCCAUGAGAAUGCCAAGCUCAAGAGCGGAGAUGUGGCGCCGAUCACAGUUGUCUCAACAAUGUCGACAGAUGAGGAAAGGGACACAAAUCAAAAGCAAAUAACCAAUCUGGAGAAUGAGCUGCUUGAAACAAAGAUUAUUUUGGCGGAGAAAGUGAAGGAUCAAAAAAUCCUCAACUUGCAAAUAAAAUCACUUCGCGAAGUCUUCGAUUCAAAAGAUGAACCAGAUGAGGCCAAGCUAUCUCAGAUUUCAAAGAUCAUCGAAGUUCAGUACCCCGAAGCAGAGUCAGUAGAAGGUGAGCAAAUGGAGGUUGAUAUGGAGGCGGCGGAAGAUGAGCAAGUUAUCGAAGAACAAGGCACGGCUCUCCGAACAAAAUACUACUCGCUCGACCGUCAAUGUCAAGAGCUCUCGGAUCUGAUCAAGCGCAAGGAAGAACUCUUUGAUAAGACGCAAAAGAAUGACGAGGAGAUGGGCAAGAUACAGGAGAAACAUGCGAGUGAAACUGCCGAACUUAACGCCAAGAUUGCUGCCUGUCAAAAAGAAAGGGACCAACUGGUCGAAAACAGCCGCAAAAACACAAUCUCUAGCAAGAUUUCUGAAGAGCGACGCAAGCGGCUUCAAGAAUUGGAAAAGGAACUUGGCAGCACCAGGAAGAGGCUCAUUGAGUUGAGCAAACUUGAGAGUUGGAAGAAGGAGAAUGAGAAAAACUCGAAACGAAUGCAUGACGAGAUUGAGAAGCUGAAACACAAUCGCAUUCAACUUCAAAAGCAGCUCAAGAUCGAAUCGGACAAUUUCCGCAUCUGGAAGCUAAAACAAGAGCGACAAAUGCAGGUCCUAAAGACUAAGGAGAGAAAGUUAGAGCUUCAAGCUGCAAGAAAGGAACAAACACUCAACUCACAGCUUGCAGUUUUCAAGAAGAAAUACCAAGAGGCUGUAGGAUGCAACAAAAGACUCCAAGCUCAAAUGUUAAAAUCCUCCACUCAUAACCAGCAUGGAAAAAUGGAAGAAGGCGAGCUGCAGAAGUUUGUCAAUGACGAAAUUGCCCUGCUCAAGGCGGCUCAAGAGGCAAAAAUUGCUUGCGAAGGGAUGCUCGAAUUCAGGAAGCAACUGGCGCGCAAGCUUUGCAACAUUCAAGCACAAUUGUCUUCAUUUGACAUGGAGCCACCAAAUAAGCGUCGCGCAACCAAUGAUCGAGAAGACGGGAAAACUGAGGAGUCGAUGAACAGACAAAAGGAACUUGAAGAAAGCAAAGUGGCGCUUGAACACGAGAUUGAAAAUUGUAACAAUCAAAUCCGUGAACUUCAAGCUGACACAAGCUCCAUUGAUUUGUCGGUUCGCUUUGAAGCAAUCUUUCGUCAGAUUGCGAGUCUUCAAGAUGGAAAAGUUGUUUUGAGGGCGCUUUUUGAUUUAUUCGUUAAUGAAUGCAACAGUGCGCUAGAGGGAAAACGCGACGUUGAUGAGCUCAAACAACACCUCAGGGACGCGCAACAAGAGCUUACUUCAAAACAGAAACAACAAGAACACUAUUUGGCCGAGCUCGAUGUACGAUUCAACGAAGUGUAUCAACAUGUUGACGAAGCUCAAGUGCAAAUUUAUGGACAGAUUAUCCCUGUGCUGAACAGUGUGUUGGAAAAUGCGGCUAUGACAACAGAUCAGUAUAACUCGAUCAAAGAAAUGUACGGGCAAAUAGAGAAACUGCAAGAAUCGAGCGUUGAGGUGAUGAAGGAAUACCGAGAACAUCAGAUCCGACAAACUCGCCCAGGAAAGAAAAGUACUCUUCGAAGUGCUUCAACGGCGGAUUUGCGUCCGAUAGUAGAUGGAUCAAGAUGUGUGCGCAAGCCUGAACUCUUUGGAAAUCCGAUCACCGCAGAGAACUCGUUCUUCACCGACAAGACUCCAAUUCCCGCCCCCACUGCCAAGACAUCGCGCGUCAAAAAAGCCAUUAUCAAACCUUCUCCGAUUUUAACAUCACGGCAACAACAAGAAAAACGGAGGACACUGGUGUUUGAUGAAGCCCCCUGUAGUGGAAAGACGCCUCCAACGGAAACAGUGAACACCACGUUUAUAAUGGAGCAAGAAGAGGGCGCGGAUGGAAAUACGACUUUCAUUAAAGGCGAGGAAAAUGUCAAUGCCACGUUUGUAAAAGGAGCCACUGUGGAUAAACUGCAGCUGCAUGAGACGAUGCUUGACAACCCGGAGAAUCGCAGGAGGACAAAUGCUCGAGAGCCACUGCAAAGGUUG